UGAAAGCGAGAGAGACAACACGUGCUGUGGAGUCUAGUUUCCAGUGGACACCUCGUUUACAUUGCUAGACACACCUUGAGAUCCCCCCCCCCCUCUCCCGUUCUUUUAGAUAUGAUUCGCAGACUAGACAUCGAAGUUUUUUGCGGCUGAAUUCUUUUAAAAUUCUCAAGUCUCGGAUGAGAUAAAUCGCUCAAAGCUGUUCCGCCAUGAGUGCGUCCGCAGGGACGGGGGUGUUUGUGUUCUCCUUGAUGUCCAUCCCCAUCUGCUACUUGUUCAAUUCCCUCACUUACAACGGCAGUGCUGACGCUUUCUUCUUCGCUUGGUGUACAACAGUCCUUAUCCUGGCCACUUCAGCCCGUUUUAUGAUCAAGAAGAAAGCUCCCGUAGAUCCUCUUUUCUAUGUGUAUGCAGGCUAUGCAUUCCUCAGUGUGGUGAAUCUGAUCAUUGGUUUGGAGCAGGACAACAUAAUUGAUGGAUUUGUGACAUUUUACCUCAAAGAGGCAGAUCCGCAUAUCAAAACAGCACAUGGACACAUGAUCUCCUAUUGGGAUGGCUGUGUGCACUAUCUCAUGUAUCUGCUCAUGAUUACUGCGAUUACAUGGGGGGACAGUUACAGAGCCAUUGGACUCUACUGGGUGGGAUCUUUUCUCAUGCGUGCCAUAGUCUACAUUCUUGGGAAUGCAGUGGGGAAAUAUGGGACCCAAGUUGGCCCUCUGUUCCUACUCCACAUGUUGUAUAUCUCAGUGUCUGUCUGGGCCUGUUUCCGCAUCUUCAGCCAGCCCUCCACUCAGGAGAUUCAGCUCACAAGCAUCCAGGAGGGCGAAAGAAAAAGUUUACUCCACAGACCUCUGGACUUACUGUUCAUUAUCUACCUCAUCCCUGCUUUGGCUUUCUGCGUCUUCAGAGGCCUGGUCGUUCUGGACUGUUCCAGCAAAUGUUGUCAAGACUACACAAAGCAGUAUGAGCCGUACCUGAAAGACCCUUCAGCCUAUCCUAAAAUUCAGAUGCUGGUGGGCAUGCUGUACUCUGGCCCAUACUACAUCAUUACUCUCUAUGGGCUGUUGGUGCCAGGAUGUGAGUGGAUUCCAGACCUGACUCUUGUACACUCGGGAGCACUGGCACAGGCCCAAUUCUCUCACAUCGGUGCAUCUCUUCACACACGGACGCCGUUCUCCUACAGAGUGCCUGCCGACAGCCAGCCGUACUUCUUGCUGGUCAAUGUCCUGUACACUCUGGUGCCUCAGGCUCUGUGCUACCGCUGCUGCACCAGGCCUGCCUUCUUCCUUAGGCCAAUGCCAGAGAAGAAAAGUGAAUGACGCAGAGUGUCAGGGGGGAGAGAGAGAGAGAGUGCCAGGGAUGUCAAGGAUGCCGAAAUAGAAGGCUGCAGUACUAUGUUUGAAGUAUUUAUGUUUCAUUGCUUAUUUUGAAAACGUGAAAAUAUAUUAAAAAAAAUAAAUUGUGUUUGUGUGUUUUUAAAGCAACAGCAAGCACAGGAAGACGCACACAGUGUUACAGUACAGACUAUAGACUUAUUAAUGAGAUUCAAACUACUUGACAAUACUUACUGUUCUUAUGUUUUUAGUAAGUUUUUUUUUAGUUACAAAAACUGCUUUGUUGGUGAUACUGAGGUGUCUUUGCAGUGCCUUUUAGGCAAUGGUUUGGCAAAUAAAGACAUCAUUCACGUGU